AUGGCACCUAGCCCGAGAACACCGCGGCAGUCCGCUCUUUCACGCCCCCGUGGUCGUCCUAAGGGCUCUAUCAACACAGUGCGACGCGUUAGGGACGGCAGCAUUGUAGCUGCUACUGAACCCCCUUCAAAGCGUCGACGAUACACCGCUAGUGCUUCUGGUAGUGCUAGUAGAUUUACGGACCAAGCUGGCAACGAACAAGUCGACACACCUGUUGCGACUACCAGUCGUUCGAGGGCACGGCACAGUUUGCAAAACGGUGCGGCGUCCCCCGCUAUCUACCCCAGACGUGAACGUAGUACUCGCACCCGUACCGCAACUCGAGUCGAGGCAGACGAUGAGAUGCAAAUAAGUUCCGCAGCAGCAGUGGCUGCUGCUGUUGUGCAGAGCGAAGGUUAUAAACCUAGAGAGGAGCGCGGCUGGGAGGAAUUUCACCCGAAUCUCGAUAUAGAUGCCACAUUUAUGCUAUUUCGCGCUGAAGAUGUUGACGGAACCGCGAAACUAAUACCAGAGACACCAUCAGCGAAGAUUAUUGGCAUAGAUUAUAAUGAUACCAAUAGCCCGUCGAAGGACCCAAAUGCGGCAUCUACAUCUCUCUUGAAUACGCAGAGUAUCACGAAUACUACUACACCUGUUGGUGCCCUUUUAGUAACUCCAUCUAGAAGGCGUGGCAGUCGACUACCUCGCGGAGACUCACUUUAUGCUACUCGUGGGGAUCAGCAAGUGGCACCAAACACACCCACGCCUCUACCUAUUCACGGUCAGAAUACUAAGGAGAAGCUUGACCUGAAACAACCUUCAUAUCGUAAAACUGACCGCAUAUUACUUUUUGAGAGCAAAAAGUUCGGUCAGGCUCGAUAUGUUGACAAGGCAAUGAUGAAUGUCGGGUACCAGGAGAGUGACAACUUCAUUCGACCUGAUAGAAAACUAAUUAAAGCAAGCGAUGCUAAUAUUGAGGAUGAAGCUGAACAGGCUGCUGUUGUUAAGGCUGAUGGAGAAUCGGCGCUUCAGCCGACUAAUGUGCUAGGUCGUGUCGAAUAUGACAUGGACGAACAGGACGAUAUGUGGCUGGAGUCGUACAAUGCACAUAGAAAGUCGCAGGGCUGGAACCCGGUCACCCGUGAAGUCUUCGAAAUCACCAUCACCAAGAUUGAAAAGGAGUGGCACGCCCUAGAGAAGAGAAUCCCGAAGCCCAAUCCUAAGCCGCCGCAAACUCACAGGCCUCGUUCUAGCUCCGCUGCAGCCGUAAAUGGCGAGCCGCAGGCCGGGGAAGAGCAGGAUAGUAAGUGCGCGAUUUGCGACGACGGGGAUUGCGAGAAUACAAACGCAAUUGUUUUUUGUGACGGCUGCGAUCUCGCGGUCCACCAGGAGUGUUAUGGUGUUCCAUUUAUUCCGGAGGGCCAAUGGUUAUGUCGGAAAUGCCAGCUUAUUGGUCGUGGGAUCCCGACCUGUAUCUUCUGUCCCAACUCUGAUGGUGCCUUCAAGCAGACGAAUUCCUCUAAGUGGGCGCAUCUGCUCUGCGCUAUGUGGAUUCCAGAGGUGACAUUGGGCAAUCAUACCUUCAUGGAACCCGUCAUGGACGUGGAUAAGGUGCCGAAGAGUCGCUGGAAGUUAACAUGUUACAUUUGUAACCAGCAAAUGGGUGCCUGCAUACAAUGCGGUAACAAGGCAUGUUACCAGGCCUUCCAUGUGACAUGUGCCCGCCGCGCCCGACUAUUCUUAAAGAUGAAGAAUAGUUCAGGAGCUUUAGAUGUCCUCGACGGCAGUACAAAUCUAAAGGCGCUUUGCGAUAAACACUGUCCUUCUGAGUACGCUAAAGAGAAUGACGUAGUUCGCGCUACUAAAAGAGCCAAAAAAUACUAUAAGAAGACAAUGAGCGACCGGAUCUGGGCUAAUAGUCAAGCUAAAGCUAUGUCUAUUGCAGCAUCACACCGGAAUGCGAUCACCGAGCACCCACCCGACGAGUCGCAAAUGACCGGGGCGAAGUUGUCCGCUGUCCUUGGGGAUAAGAAGGGACAGACAGGGAAGCCGAUAUGGAAGCUUCCAUCUGGAGCUCCUGUGAUACCACAGGCCGUCUUUGAAAUUGUCGAAGCAUCACUGCAGCGAUUCAAUUUCCUCAAGCGUAAGGAGUUUGUGAGCGACGCAUGCCGUUAUUGGACAUUGAAGCGCGAAGCGCGCCGUGGUGCUGCGCUUCUUAAGCGUUUGCAGUUACAGAUGGAAUCUUUCUCCUCUAUGGAGCUUACACGACGCAACUUCGCAGCUAUGGGCCCUUCCGGAAUAACUCGCUUGAAUAGGCGAAUCGAAUUUUCGGACACUCUUAUUAAAGACUUGGAGCAGCUCAAGGCCCUAUCGGAGGCUGUCGUCCAAAGGGAGCAGAGCAAGCUCGAGGCCGCGGAGAUGGAACAGGAAUUUGUCGACACCUGCUACUUUCCUGUUCACAAGAUGCUUCCACCGAUUGUAGAUAAAGCUAUCACCCUUGAUAAGAACCUGUUUCACGACGGACUUAUUAAGUUGUCCAAUAGAAUUGAUGAUAGAUUCUAUACCACAACAUUGUCGUUUACCCACGAUCUCUGUGAUGUCAUCAACGUCGGCGUGAACACGGAGCCUAAGUUUGAACCCGAGUCGCAACAAAAAGCUGGACCUGUCACUCCAGCGGCGUCUAAAUCUGACUUCUCUGAUUAUAGGGAUAGGAAAAAGCUUGGUAAAAGAAUCCUUAAGUCGGUUCAACCACAGCUAGAGACAGCGUUGCGUCUUGAGUCAGAAGCUGCCCAUAGGCCGUUCGACAGCAUGAGGCAGGAGCUGGAAGUCAUGAUGGAGGCAAGCCUGGAACUCCGACAACAGCCUGUUGGACAAGGCAACGUGGAGUCCGAGCGAAGUCAAGAUGUCAUUAUGGUCGAUUCGUCAGCUCCGGAGAUCACCGUCGGCGGCCAAGCAGAUGGCUCUACGGCCGGAGGACCCUCGGGCGACGUUCCGAUGGUUGAAGCUGGCGUCCAGUAUGAGGUCGCCGGCGGCAAUGGUAAUAUUGAAGUCAACACAUCCAGCUUCGACACGAGCGAUGAGAUGGAAGGUGUUCAACCGACUAGUAAUGGAGUAUCAAUGGUCGAGGCUAAGCAGGAAGCAAUACCGAAUGACGGCUUGCAAGCAAUAGAUACGCCGCCAGCAACUAACGGCUACGUGGGUGCGGGACCUUCGCUACAACCUGCGCCACCUACUCCACCCCAGUCCAAUGGUAGUUUAGGACGCCAGCCCACUGAUCCUCUUACCGACGGCGGCGUUGUGUGGUACUUGCAGGAUUUUGAGCCUGAAGGAGCGUCCGCAAUCCAAGACCAGUGGCAAGGCAGGGAUGCUGCCCGUAGCCUUAGUGAGGAACUUACCGAGAUCGACGAAGAUGAGCUCAAGGGGCUAGGAGUCGAGAUUAACGAAGAUAGCAUCACGGCAUCACCAGCCAAUACUACCGAGACAGCGGAACCCGCCGCCGUCAGUGCCCCUAGCCCUACGAAAAAGAGUAACGCCAAGACGAAAAGGCGUAAGACGCCCUACCGAAGACGUUAA